GCAUCCCAGAAAGGCAGUUGGUAUGCCCUAAAACUGUUCGUACUGCUGUGGAGCGCAAAUGCGACCUGUAUGUACGACAGAUUGCCAGUGGAGCAAAAAUGAACAGUGAUAACGACAAGGAGAGUUUGGCUGACUCGCCUCAGCAGCAGUGUCCGAGAACCAGCAGGCGGCCGAGUCGCAGCAAUUGUUCCAGCCUCGAGGGUGUUAUCAGCGGAACCGGUGGUGGGGCGUUUUGCGGACGGCAUGGGUAUAUGCAAGGGACGGGCGUGGACACGCCUGUGGCAGCACCGGAUUUGGUCAACCCUGGGCGACGUCGUGUUUCUUGCGGAGGUGCUUCCCCUGCCUCGUGCGAGUCCCCUCCCGCUGUGUUGCUCACUGCAGCGGAUCGACAGAAUAUUCCCAGCCGAGCCUCCCCUUUUGACGUCUCCGUCGAACGCCUGAGACAAGACAUCAAGCUGCGCAGAGGCUUGGCAGCGGGAACGACUGCAGGAGUAGCACGAGCACCAGGCGGCGGCAGCGUCGGGGCCAGAGGAGGAGUGUCUUUUACCGCUGCCCAGGAUGCUGGCGGGACGUUAACCAUGUUGUCAACCACCUCCCACGGACAUUCCAAUUAUGCGGAGGGUUUUUCAUCACCGCCCGGUAGUGGAGGGAGCAUGGGAGGUGUGUUGGGGUCUUUCACCUAUGUUCAGCUACAGCUGCUGGCCUUCAUCAUUGUCUUCUCUGCUAGUGGACUUGUGCCGAGGACUGACCUUGUCUUCGUCGGUUGGGUUAGUGUGUACACCUUGAUGUUAGCGAAAUUUGUCUUCCCUGUCGUGCCCCGUCAACCCAUUCCGAAGAUCUUGGAAGGCGGUGACCACUUGUUUCAUGUGUUUGUGCUUGUUGGGGCAUUGCUGGGGGUAUUCUUGCCCAUGGCAUACAGCCUUGGGGGGUUCAGCAGGGGUGAUCAAACAGCCAUGCGCGCUUCCACACCCCAUCUUUUUCUGCUUUCUUGCCAGAUUCUAACCGAGAAUUUCGUGGUUGGUACCUCCUUCUUCUCUGUUCCCACUCGUGUCCUUGUGUCUGUGAUGUAUAAUGCACGGAGACUCUUCUCUCUGGCGGACUGGAUGUCAGCAGUCUAUGGACCACCACAAGAUGGUCCAGUUAUUGUGGGCGCGGGACCUGCUGAGCUCGUUAGGACUUAUAGCCCGGACUUGCUUUGGACCUGGUUCGGACGGGCCUUGGCCCUCACUAAUAUGGUGUUCUGGUCAUUCAAUCUGUUCUGCAUCUUGUUGCCAGUGCAUUUGCCGCGGGCCUUUCGAAAGUACUUCGAACAAGAAGCGGCAGCGGGAGCAACGGCCGCUGGCGCAGAAGUGUCAGCAACAGCAGCUGCGCUUAUGAUUGGUCAUCAUAGUACUACAGCUAGAUUUGAGAGGCACGAAGCACCCACGGCUGCGCCGAUGACGCUGCAUGCAACGACAACCACCAUCACGCCUCAUCAUCCGAAAUACCAGUAAUAAUGGCCUCAGUGUACAGCCGGUUUCGAGUUUCCUUUUGUCUUCCCAUGUAUAUUUUGACCUUGGCCAAUCAAUGUACCAACCUUGA